CGUCACUUGGCUAUAACCAUGCUCGACAUGAAACUUUGCGUAGUCUUUCUGCUGAUCAGCAGCAGCUUUCUGCUGAGUGUCAGUCUCGGGCAGGGCCUGAUCGACUCCGUCUGCCAGAUGGCGCAGCUACAUCGCCUCGAGUGUCAAGUGCAUCGCGUGCAGACCGCCGACGGGUAUCUCUUGAGUCUUCAUCGCAUUCCCGCGCCGCGCAACCAGAGCUGCCCCCGUGAGACCAGGGCCAGGCUGCGGCCCUUUGUGCUGAUGCACGGACUCCUCGGCUCGGCCGCAGACUUCGUGACUGCGGGACGGGGCCAGGCUCUGGCAGUGGAGUUGCACAGGCGAUGCUUUGACGUCUGGCUGCCAAAUGCCCGGGGCACAACGCACUCCCGUCGGCACCGCACUCUGCAGACGAGUCAGGCGCGGUUCUGGCAGUUCAGCUGGCACGAGAUUGGCCUCUACGACCUGCCCGCCAUCGUGGACCGUGUACUGCUAAUGACAGGCCACCGGCAGGUACACUAUGUGGGUCACUCGCAGGGAACCACUGUGCUGCUGGUGCUCCUGUCGCAGCGUCCCGAGUACAAUUCGAAGUUUGCCAAUGCGGCCCUAAUGGCUCCCGUGGCCUUUCUCAAGCACCUGAGUAGUCCGCCGCUGCGUUUGCUGGCCAGCGACAGUUCUGGGGUCACCAAGCUACUCAACAAGCUGGGCCUCAACGAGCUGCUUCCUGCCACGGCGCUGACCCAGGUGGGGGGGCAGUUCUUCUGCAGCGCCACCCUGCCCACCUACACCCUCUGCACGUUCUUCACCUCCCUCUAUGUGGGCUUCAGCGACUAUCCAGUGGAUCGUAACCUCUUGCCACGCAUCCUGGAGACGAUUCCGGCGGGCAUCUCGCGUGGCCAGUUGCAGCACUUCGGGCAGCUCAUCAAUAGCGGCAAAUUCCAGCAAUACGACUAUCGUUCGCCGAGGCUGAACAGCCUGCGAUAUGGCCAGCCCACGCCCCCCUCAUAUCAGUUGAGGAAUGUUCGCCUCCAGCUGCAGAUCUUUCAUGGUACACGCGAUGCCUUGUCCAGUCAGGCGGAUGUACAGCGACUGGUUAACGAGCUGCGCCAGAGCCGAACCCGGCUGUAUCAGGUUCCAGGCUACAAUCACAUUGACUUUCUGUUUGCCGUCACUGCCUCGCAAUUGGUUUAUGAGCGCAUCAUUCAACAGGCCUGGCAACUGGAUGCAACAGCAGCAGCAGUAGCACUCCAGGGUAGAUGAUGGUGAUGAUGAUGAAUUACAGUGGUAGAGGGACAGCUAAGAUACUUUUAUUCUAUUUUAUCAAUAGGUUUAAUCGUCUCAAUCGUGGAAAUAUUCAUUAUAGUUUGUUACACUCAUAGAUUGUUAUGGGGAAACAAAAUCUAAACUAAAAAUAAUCAAAAAAAAAA